AUGGCUACAGCUGUAUUUACUCUCUUCCCGAAUCUUCCCCCAGAGCUCCGCAACCAAAUAUGGCGAGACACUCUACCUGACAAAGUCAGGCAAGCUUUAUACUUCUACAAACGGGGCUGCUGGCGGACUCGACGCCUAACAGAAGACGACGAGGACUAUAGCCAUGAUAACGACCAGCUUAAUAUAUGUCACGAAUUCCGCCACGAUUUAUUAGACCCUAUGAAAUUUGAGGUGCCGCUUCUCUUUGUUAACUCUGAAGCCCGUGGUGUCGCCUUAACCUGGAUGCAAGGGCAAGGUCUCAAGAUACGCUUCUGCGAAGACAGACAAAACCCUAUUGUUAUACGCUCAUUUGACCCGGAUCAUGAUACAUUAUAUAUUUCGCUCAAAACUUGGGACGACUUCUCCAACGAGCCUUAUGAUAUAGUAUUUCCACCGGACCACGGUAGCGGGUAUUAUAACUGUGCCCCUCCGGCCUUUACACGCAUCGCCGUGCCCGAGGCAUUUUUCCAGCAUGAUAUCCCCCUAUCGGAUCUUUUUCACUUCUACUGCAGUCUCGAAAAGGUCUUCAUAAUUCCCGAUGCGCAGUCGGAUAUACAGUCUGAGAUGAAUGACCUAAAGAUGCAGCGGCGGUGGGAGCUUCAGAGCACUCAGGGACCGAUGCUAUUCUGGAAUAACGACCGUGAUUGCUUUGAGUGGAAGCAUAAUGCAGGUGACAGCAACAACGCCAUGAAUUCAGUGAUAGAGAAGGCCUGUGAUGGGCUAGACGAAGCGCUUGAAUUUUACGAGAUGAAAAGCUUUGAGGUCCGGGCUGUUUAUGCCGUCAGAAAAUGA